AAGAAAAUAGUUUGACAUCGACGGUUAUUGAGAACGCAUCUGAUAUCGGCUGCAGUAAAAUUUAAUAAGCAUUUUCUUUAUUAAUUUUGUACGGAUACAUGUACGUCAAUGAUAAUAUUUCAGCAAAAGUUAUACGUACUGUACUUAAAUAAAUUUCUUGGGAUUACCAAUAUUUGACAACAUUUUUUUGGAAUAAUUAACUCACUUCUUAAUUGGAUAACAUAAAAGUGAAGACAAAUGCAGCAACAAACUAAAUAUGUCGGCCUUGUGGCUGACCUAAUGCCCAACAUCAAACUCAUGAAAUAUUCUGGUCUCUUUAUGCACAAAUACACAAGUGGAUCGAGUUUCUUCAAAAAGGUCUACUCAAUAACACAUUUUGUGCUGAUCCUUCUACAAUUCUUUUCCAUCCUGGCCAACAUGGCCCUUAAUGCGGACGAAGUCAACGAAUUAUCUGGCAACACAAUCACAACGCUCUUUUUCACUCACUGCAUUACGAAAUUUAUAUUCUUCGCAGUCAACCAAAAGCAAUUCUACAGAACAUUCAAUGUCUGGAACCAAGUCAAUUCACAUCCCUUAUUUGCUGAAUCAGAUGCCCGGUAUCAUUCGAUUGCCUUGGCCAAAAUGAGAAAACUCUUUGUAUUGGUUAUGUUGACAACAGUCCUUUCGGUAGUCGCAUGGACAACUAUAACAUUCUUUGGAGAGAGUGUCAAGUUUGCCCGGGAUAUGGAAACUAACGAAACCAUUACAGUCGAGAUACCAAGGCUACCAAUAAAAGCCUUCUACCCGUGGGAUGCUAGCAGUGGAAUGUUUUACAUCAUCUCAUUUGUGUAUCAGGUGUACUUCCUGCUGUUCUCGACGACACAAUCCAAUUUGUGUGAUGUCCUUUUCUGUUCUUGGUUGAUUUUUGCCUGUGAGCAGUUGCAACAUCUAAAAAGUAUUAUGAAGCCGUUGAUGGAGCUGUCCGCUUCAUUGGAUACCUACCGACCUAAUUCGGCUGCGUUGUUCCGGUCUCUGUCGGCCAACUCCAAGUCAGAGCUUAUUAUAAACGAAGAGAAGGAACCAACCGACACGUUGGACAUGUCGGGUGUUUACAGCACCAAAGCCGAUUGGGGUGCACAAUUUCGUGCUCCAUCAACUUUACAAACUUUCAAUGGUACAAACGGCAUGAGUAAUCCUAACGGACUAACAAAGAAGCAAGAGAUGAUGGUUCGCAGUGCAAUUAAGUAUUGGGUCGAACGGCAUAAGCAUGUUGUAAGACUUGUAGCUGCCAUUGGAGACACCUACGGAGCUGCCCUACUACUCCACAUGUUGACAUCCACCAUCAAACUCACCCUGCUUGCCUAUCAAGCCACCAAAGUAAACGGAGUUAAUGUGUACGCUUUUACAGUGAUUGGAUACUUGAGCUAUUCCCUAGCCCAAGUUUUCCACUUUUGCAUUUUUGGCAAUCGACUAAUCGAAGAGAGCUCAUCGGUUAUGGAAGCCGCCUACUCAUGCCAUUGGUACGAUGGCUCCGAAGAGGCAAAGACAUUUGUUCAGAUUGUCUGUCAGCAGUGCCAGAAGGCCAUGACCAUAUCGGGUGCAAAGUUUUUCACUGUAUCACUGGAUUUGUUUGCUUCUGUUUUGGGUGCUGUUGUUACUUAUUUCAUGGUGUUGGUGCAAUUGAAGUAGAUUUUCAACAAAGAAGAGAAGACUAAGGAAAUGUGGAAGGAGUUUAUUUUUUUUGUUUUUUUUUUUUUUUUUUGCUAUUUUACCACUGUCCUCUGAAGGACCUUUUCAUAGGAUAACUAUAUUUUUGCUUAGUUGGCACAGAGAAUACAAAAACAUAAAUAUUAUUUAUAUGUACAAAAAAAAAAUAUAAAAUAAAAGUAUA